UGCUGUUCAUUAGCUAUUCCCCUUUGCUCUGCAUCAGAACCAAAUAUUCAAAUUAAAACAAGCAAUUCCAAAUAUUCUAAUUUGUAAACAAUUUUCUCGCCCAAAACUGACUAUCGUCACACAAACGGUGGCUAUUUCCCUUCAUCACGCAUCUAAUUAACCCUAUAUAUUUUGAUUAUUUAGGAAGUGGAGUUAAUCUGAUCGGAAUUCUGGUAAUCCGUUUAGGAAUGGAUAUGUCAACGAGAGAGACUAGUAACCAGAUUCAUGAUGAUGCAUCUAGCAGUAUGACUAUCAAAACUGAUGAUGUGGUACCAUGGUCAUACCUCAACCAUGAUGUGAUUUCAUUAGUUAUGAUGCAACUGGGAGUUAUCGAUUUUCUUGCAUUCAGUGGAGUUUGCAAGUCAUGGAGAUCAGUAGCACGCAGUAACUGGAAAACAUUUAUGACAUCCAAACCACCAAUGCUGAUGUUGAUCCUUCCCGUUGGUAAUAAUGAUAGGCAAUGCUGGCUAGUGGAUUCUGAAGGAAAAGAGUUCAGAACCAUAAUUCCCCAUUCUGCUGGCUGGGGAUGUGUUGGAUUAACUUGUGGUUACUUGAUUUUGUUGAGGUGGAAAACAUACGACUUCUGGCUUGUGAAUCCAAUCACUAGGCAUGAACUUCAUUUCCCUCCUGCUCCUUGUGUGUCUGAUUAUGUGUCAAAAAUCACUUCUGUCCUUUUCAUUUCACCUUCAAUGUCUAAAUUGGUGUUUGUUAUCUUAGCCAGUAAUCAAAUAUGGUUUUCUAUAGAGAAUGAGGGAGGAUGGAAUUUUGUUUCCUCCACUUUCGACUUUACCUUUAAGGAUUUACAUGUUUUCAAGGGGAGGAUAUAUAGUGUAAGUAAUAAAGGUCAUUUUUGCGAACUCACACUCGAGCCUGAGCCCAAACUGACUUUACUGAAAACCAAGAGUCUUCUUGAUGAGGAUGUAUCUUUCCGGGAGCUUGUAAGUUGGGGUGAAAACAUUUAUGUGAGGGAAAACUUGAUGGCUUAUAAAUUAGAUUUUUGUGAAAUGGAAUGGGUGCCUUUCCAAUAUACUGGAGACGAAAAUGAAGUUGCUUUCUUUCUUAGCGACUUGAGUCAUGGUGCUGCUGCUAAACCAGAGUCGUGGGGAUCAGAGCCUGGGAGAUAUGUUGUUUUUGAAGGAGGUGGAAAGGGAAGGUUCUUUAUUGCAGUUCAAUGGUAUUUUCCCCAUGAAUGUUUGAAUGUUAAUCUCUUACACGAUGCAUGACUUUUAAUCACUCUUAUUUUUGUCUAUUUUCUAUUUGUUUUCCUUUUUAUGUGAUUUGGUGUUCUUUGCUUUGAGAUGUGUGGCUAAUAGAUCUGCUUUAUUAUCAAUUUGUGAUUUUAUCUUUUAACCUGAUUAUUAUUGUGAUGAUCGAGCCUUUCUUUUAGAUGUAGUAUUGUCAUCUCUUGUAUUACCUGUUGAAAAUCCAAGAGAUUAUUAAUAUACAA